AUGGAACGUAGAGAGUCGUCUAACACGAAUGAGGUGAAAUACAGAGGAGUACGGACGCGUCCGUGGGGGAAAUAUGCGGCUGAGAUACGCGACUCGGCUAGGCACGGUGCUCGUGUCUGGCUCGGAACGUUUCACACUGCGGAGGAAGCGGCUCGGGCCUACGAUAGAGCCGCUUUCUCCAUGAGAGGAGAAAGAGCCGUUCUCAAUUUCCCUCACGAGUACCCGAUGAUGAGGAAUGGUCCAAGCAGCGGCUACGGGAAUGUGGUGGCGCCUUCGUCGACGGAAUAUGGAGGAGGAGGAGGAGGAGGCGGUGGUAACGGGAAGGAAGUGAUUGAGUUUGAGUAUUUGGACGAUAGUUUAUUGGAGGAGCUUUUAGAUUAUGGAGAGAACUAUAACCAAGACACUUGGAAUGAUGCAAACCGUUAG